AUGAGGUUCGCAUCCGGCGAAAAGGACAACUACGAGGACGACCAUUACGCAACCCUAGGCGUGAAGCCAUCAGACUCGAUUGAGACGAUCCGGAAGGCAGGGAAUGCAUUGCGCAUGGCAACACAUUCAGACCACAACAAGGGUAUUGAUAAUGACAAAUUCAUAAAGGUUAACGCUGCUAUUCGAAUACUCGGGGACCAAGUGAAGAAGGCAAAGUAUGACCUCCGGUGGUGGGCACGGCAACCUGCGGCGCAGGCAAACUCAGCGACGCAGCAGCGAGAAGCUGAUGCCCUGAGGAGGGCCGCAGUCGCCAGGGAUCUCGCCCGUCGACGUGAAGAGGUGAAACGCGCCGUGGAAGCCGCGAAGGCGGCCGAGGCAAAGAAGAAAGACGAAGAGCGCAAGGCCAGGAGGCGCGCGAAGCGCGAAGCACAGAGGGCCGAGGCGGAGAGGCAGAAGAAGGCCGAGGAGGAGAAGAGGGAGGAGGAUCAGAGGAGGGCGGCGAUUGAGGCGGCGAAGGCCGUCGAGAGGAAGAAGGGGGAGCAGGAGGCUGCUAGAAAGAAGGCCGAGGCUGCCGCCGCCAUGAGAGCUGCCGCCAAUGCCAGGGCUGCCGAGCGGGAGAGGGUGCGAAAGAGGGAGGCACGGAUGGUUGUGCUCAGGCAUGUACCGAUCCGAGCAUCCCUACUUGAUGUCACCCAAGCCCUGGAGCCGUUGGGGCCGGGACGCAUCCUCGACUCGGGCGUGGGGGAGGGUACGGCCUGGUUUGAGUUCUGGACAGCCGAGCAGGCGCAGGCGCUACAGCGUAUCGUGACGGAGACGGACCAGUGCGUCGUACUCGGCAAGACGAUCAAGACUGCCUCCAUAUACCAGGGCCGUGCCAAGCCUCCGGAGGGCCCAGAGCUCAUCACCAGGAGCCUCUACAUCAUCGCACCCCCACAAUUCCUGGAUGGGGAAGCAAAAUUGUACCCAGUGUUGAAAAGGAAACUCCGCGCGCAGGGCUUCACGGUCCAACCUGCUGCUGGUAUCGCCCAGGGCGACACACCGACCGGCAAGUGGCUCAUCGGAAAUUACGCGUCUGUCGCGAAGGCCCAGAGCGCGAAAGCAGCACUGGAAAAGCAUUACCCAGAACUUAAGGUUUAUUAUAGUUGGGACCUAUGUGAAGGUGUGGUUCCAACGGCACAGGAGGGUGCAGAAAUGGGCUCCAACAGCAGCAAGAAAGGGUCUGACUCCUGGGUUAGCCCAGUUGGACUUGUUUUCGGGGCCGUGGUCCUUGCGAUUGCUAUCUACAUGGACAUAAACAAACUCAAGUCCUCAGACAAGGAGGCACAGCAGAAGAACGAGGAUAAAUGA